AUGUCUGAGCCAGUUGAACAACCCCCAGUUGAACAACCCCAAGUUGAAGAGCCAGUUGCUGCUCCACAAGUCGAAGAGCCAGUUGCUGCUCCGGAGGCCCCACAAGAACCUGCUGCUCCUGUCGAUGAACCAAUUGCUGCUCCACAAGAAACUAUCCCAGAACCAAUGGAAACCGAUGCUGUAGAAGAACGUUCUAUUCCAUCUCAUCCAGAACCUCAACCAUACUACCCUCCAAAUGAUGCUCCUCGUCAUGCUUAUAGCCACCAUAUGGAUCAAGAUGGUGAAUUGUCUACCACUAGAUUAUUUGUUAGACCAUUCCCAUUUGAUGUACAAGACUCUGAAUUGAACGAAAUCUUUUCUCCUUUCGGUCCAAUGAAGGAAGUUAAGAUCCUAAACGGUUUUGCCUUUGUCGAAUUCGAAGAAGCUGAUUCCGCUAGUAAAGCUAUCGAAGAAGUUAACGGUAAGUCCUUUGCUAACCAACCUCUAGAAGUUGUCUUUUCCAAGUUACCAGCUAAGAGAUACCGUUUGACUAUUAGAAACCUUCCAGAAGGUGUUUCAUGGCAAGAUCUAAAGGAUCUAGCUCGUGAACAACAGCUAGAGACUACUUUCUCCAGUGUUAAUACCAGAGACUUUGAUGGUACAGGUGCUUUAGAAUUCUCUUCCGAAGAAGUCCUAACCGACGCUUUAGAGAAAUUGAACAACAUCGAAUUCAGAGGUUCCGUCAUCACAGUUGAAAGAGAUGACAACCCACCUCCUAUUAGAAGAGGUAGAGGUGGUUUCAGAGGCCGUGGUGGUUUCAGAGGUGGUUACGGUGGCCGUGGUGGUUACAACAGAGGUGGCUUCGGUGGUCGUGGUGGCUUCGGUGGUCGUGGUGGCUUCGGUGGCCGUGGCGGUUUUGGUGGCCGUGGUGGCUUCGGUGGUCCAAGAGGUGGCUUCAGUGGUCCAAGAGAUAACUACGGUUCCAGAGGUGGUUACGGUGCUCCAAGAGAUAACUACGGUUCCAGAGGUGGUUACGGUGCUCCAAGAGAUAACUAUGGUGGUCCAAGAGGCGGUUUCGGUGGUCCAAGAGGCGGUUUCGGUGGUCCAAGAGGUGAUUACGGUGCCCCAAGAGGUGACUAUGGUGCUCCAAGAGGUGAUUACGGUGCUCCAAGAGGUGAUUAUGGUGCUCCAAGAGGUGAGUAUAGAUCCAGAGAUGCUCCACGUGAAAGAUCUCCAACCAGGUAA